AUGAGUACCAAUUCAUUGAUUUCUUCCUAUGCCUUUGAUCAUGUCUUUCGUCACUUCUGGGUACUAGCAAUACUCUGGUCUACGAAUCUUGACAAUCUAGUACAUGCACAAAGUGAUUCUUGGCAUUCCAAUGGUAAAUAUCCCUCUCCAACUCUUCUUAUAGAUGCUACGAAUGAACAAUUAGAGUUUUGCACUCCUCGCCAUCUCGAUACAAUGCGUGAUCAUCCAGUACCAACGAAUGCAUGGUGGGGAAAUCUUGUCACGUGUGAUCGUACAACGAAUGCCACUGGACCAAUUUGGUCGAAUCCAUUUGCUAUUAGUGUUGAAGACUCGGGUGCGUAUGGUUUUGCACUUAGUUAUCCAUAUCGUAAUCGAUUUUUCGGUGGUGUUAUUGAUGGGGUUGCGAAAUAUUAUGCACAUCCAAAGCGUAAUGAAAUUCAAUUAACUGCGUUAGAAUUUGCUACUUCGAUUCCAGAUAUGCAAGUGACGAAUUGGACGGAUCUAGGUGUUACAGUACAACUUCAAGCCCCAUCCUCAACGGGUUUAAUGAAAUCGAAUAUGAUAAGUGGCAUGGCUUACUUUACGACAACGUACAAAGGACUUAUCCCUGAAAUUCUUUUUGAAGCUCCUAUUGCAACGAUCAAUGGGGAAACAGUGAGCGUUGGCACUCGAUACGUUGGGAACAAGUUUCAAAUUCUUGCUGUUAGUGGCCAACACUGGUGGCUACAUGUUUAUCCAACGUCUUCUUCAACAAAAUUUGAAAUGAAUCUUGCGACUAGCAUGAUUUUGCAAGGAGUUGAAUCAUUUGACGGAAUUCUUCGCGUUUCGGUUAUUUUAGAUCCUAUUCAAUCGAUUGCACAAGACAUGUAUAGUAGUUGUAUCGUAACGGGAGGAAAUGUUGAAGUGGCUAGUGACUCGAGAUAUUCGUUUCAAUGGAAAACACAAGGAAAUUGCUCGAAUGGAUUAUUUCACUACGCUCUAGAUCAUCAUACUAAGUCUCUUACUACAGCUAGUGUAACAGAAGUAGUGGAUGUUGCCAUGUAUGCAGCUACUCGAGGUCGUAUGAGAGGUUUUGUCACUAAAUCAUCUCCACCUGAAUGGUGCUUUUAUGAAAACUCCAACAUUCCAGUGACGCAUUAUCCACAAUCUCGUUUAACGAAACGUGAAGCUUCUCAGCAAGAUCUUUUAACGAAAUUGCGUGCUGAUAUCCAGGGAUUGUGGACAGUUGCAAGUGAUGGAAGUUAUUAUUUCACAGGCAAAUUAGUUCAACAGUAUUCAUCGUUGUGCCUUAUGGCUAACGAUCCAGUGAUUGUAGGAACAGAUGUGUCGUUGUUACGACGUUGUGUGACGAAAUUAGAGAGUGCAAUUGCUCCAUUUCUCGACAAUAGCUGGAAAUACAAACUCAAGUACGAUUCAGUCACAGGAGGUGUCGUGAGUUCUGAGGGGUUUAUCACUGGUGACAUGAAUGCUGACUUUGGAAACACUGUUUACAAUGAUCAUCAUUAUCAUUAUGGCUAUUGGAUAUACAUGGCUUCGGUUCUUAAUUAUUUGCAUCCUACUUGGUCACGAAUCAAAGAGCUGAAUGAAAUGACAACGUUAUUGCUGCGUGAUGUUGCUACUCCAUCUCGCGAGGACCCAUAUUUUCCAAAAUUUCGUGGUUUUGACUGGUUUAGAGGUCAUUCGUAUUCCCAUGGCCUGACACCACUUGGAGAUGGUAAAGACGAAGAAUCAACGUCAGAAGAUAUUAACUUUGCCUACAGCAUGGCAUUAUUUGGUCAGGUGACAAACCAUUCGAGAAUGGCAAAUAUAGGUCGAUUGAUAACAAAAGUGAGUGUACGUUCCAUUCAAACUUAUUUCCUCUUUGAUAGUUCCAAUACUAUCCACCCUACUGCUUUUCGAUCUCGAAUGGUGCCUGGUAUUCUCUUUGACAAUAAAGCUGACUAUGCUACGUGGUUUUCCGCUGAGGAAUAUAUGAUCCAUGGGAUUCAAAUGCUUCCUGUGACCCCUGUGACAGAAUAUGUGCGCACAUCAACUUUUGUUCAGGAGGAAUGGGACAAUAUAUUGUCCAAAUUAAAUAUUGUCAAAAAUGAUGAGCUGUCGAAUUCAUGGCUUUCACUCUUAUACCUCAACUAUGCUCGUGCGAACAAGGAAGACGCUCUCGCAAAACUCAAUCAGUGCACUUCAAUGAUGAACGGGCUAUCACGCUCAUGGGCUCUCUACAUGGCAUCACAAUAUUAA